AGGAAGAGGCAAGUAUAUGAAUCAAACCUGAUAAACAAUGGCUUGCAGCUCGAAGCAACGAGAUCGGUUUUGGAUGAAAAACUUAUUUUUGUGAAAGUGCAUGCACCUUGGGAAGUGCUGUGCACAUACGCCGAGGUUAUGCACAUCAAAUUGCCUCUGCAACCCAAUGACCUGAAAACCCGCGACUCAGCUUUCAACUGGUUUAGUAGACUCUUCAGAGUGGAUGAAAACAUCAUCAAACCCGAGCAAGAGUUUUUCACUGCCCCUUUUCAAAAGGAACAUUUGUCCAACUUCUAUAUUCAAGACAAAGAUACAUUCUUCAAUCCUGCAACUAGAAGCCGAAUUGUUCACUUCAUCCUAUCCCGUGUGGAAUAUGCCACCAAAAACAAUGUGAAAAAGUUUGGCAUUAACAAAUUACUAGACACUGGAAUCUACAAAGCAGCAUUCCCCCUUCAUGACGUAAGUCCAGUGCACCUGUCAACUGACCCUGACUGCCCAAAUGAACGCUAUCUUCUCUACAGAGAAUGGGCUCAUCCUAAAAACAUUUUCAAACUGCAACCCCUGGAUUUCAUCAGGAAAUACUAUGGGGAGAAAAUUGGAAUCUACUUUGCUUGGCUGGGCUUUUACACUAAUAUGCUGAUUGUGGCUGCAGUUGUAGGAGUUGGCUGUUUUCUGUACGGAUGCUUGACAAAGGACAACUGCACAUGGAGCCAAGAAGUAUGUGAUCCCAGCAUAGGAGGUAAAAUCAUAAUGUGCCCUCAAUGUGAUAAAGUGUGUACCUACUGGAACCUCAGCAUCACUUGUGAAUCAUCCAAGAAACUCUGUAUAUUUGAUAGCUUUGGAACACUGGUGUUUGCGGCAUUUAUGGGCAUAUGGGUUACUUUGUUUUUGGAGUUUUGGAAGCGACGGCAAGCUGAACUGGAGUAUGAAUGGGACACAGUUGAGUACUUAGAGCAAGAAGAACAAGUUCGUCCGGAAUAUGAAGCUCGAUGCACUCAUGUAGUAAUGAAUGAAAUCACACAGCAAGAAGAACAUGUGCCAUACACUGCCUGUGGGAAAUGCAUACGGAUGACUUUCUGUACAAGUGCAGUCUUCUUCUGGAUUCUUUUGAUUAUUGCUUCAGUUAUUGGAAUCAUUGUCUACAGACUCUCUGUUUUCCUGGCGUUUUCUGCAACAUUGUCACAGCACAUUAGUGGAACUGAGGCGAUCCGCAAGUACCUGACUCCACAGACAGCCACUUCAGUAACUGCUUCAAUCAUCAGCUUUAUAGUCAUUAUGGUUCUCAACAUCAUCUAUGAAAAAGUGGCAAUCCUGAUUACUGACUUUGAGCUUCCAAGGACACAGACUGAUUAUGAAAACAGUCUGACCACGAAGAUGUUUUUGUUCCAGUUUGUCAACUACUAUUCUUCAUGCUUCUAUAUAGCCUUCUUUAAGGGUAAAUUUGUAGGUCACCCUGGAAAUCCAGUUUAUUGGCUAGGAAAGUACCGCAAUGAAGAGUGUGAUCCAGGUGGAUGUCUCCUUGAACUCACGACUCAGCUUGCCAUCAUAGUAGGAGGUAAAGCAAUCUGGAACAACAUUCAAGAAGUGCUUCUUCCUUGGGUUAAGAAUCUAAUUGGAAGAUACUUUGCAGCUGCUAGAUCAGAAAAGGUUGUUCCACGCUGGGAACAGGACUAUCACCUGCAGCCCAUUGGAAAACUUGGACUGUUUUAUGAGUAUCUUGAAAUGGUUAUACAGUUUGGCUUUGUCACUCUGUUUGUGGCAUCAUUCCCCCUGGCUCCUCUUCUGGCUCUUAUUAACAACAUGUUGGAAAUCCGGUUGGAUGCAUGGAAGCUGACGACCCAGUUCAGGCGCAUGGUUCCACAGAAGGCACAAGACAUCGGCGCCUGGCAGCCCAUCAUGCAAGGCAUAGCCAUUCUGGCAGUGGUCACCAAUGCUAUGAUCAUUGCUUUUACAUCUGACAUGAUUCCUCGUCUGGUUUAUUACUGGUCCUUUUCGGUCCCUCCUUAUGGGAGUCACAGCAGUCACACUAUGAAAGGGUAUAUAAACAGUACACUUUCUGUCUUCAAUAUAUCAGACUUCAAGAAUGCAAGCAAGCCAUUUUCCCCUUGGCUGGGGAACCAAACAACAUGCAGAUACCGGGAUCUCCGCUACCCUCCAGGUCACCCGCACCAAUAUGAGCAUAACAUAUACUACUGGCAUGUCAUUGCAGCCAAGCUGGCCUUCAUCAUUGUCAUGGAGCAUGUCAUAUACUUUGUGAAGUUUAUUAUUUCAUAUGUAAUCCCGGAUGUAUCACAGAAGACCAAGAGCAAGGUCAAACGAGAGAAGUACCUAACACAGAAACUCCUGCAUGAGAAUGAUCUCAAAGUUGUGAAAAAAACCAUGGGGAAAAUAGCCGACAAAAUUAUCAAAGGAGACAGCACUUUCCGACCUAAAGCUGAAUAA